ACACCGACUUUAGACAAUUUGUCGAUUAUGGCAACUUGACUGGUCUCGAUAUGGCUCUCUACAAAAACUCGUAUUUCUAUCACACACCACUCGACAAACUGGACAGCGUAACGCCUGGCACGAUUCAACACAUGGGUGAUAACAGUUUGGCAUUAUUCGAAUUUCUCACCAGCGAGGCUGACCUUACAGGUCUUAAAUUCACUUCGAAUGUUAUCUAUUACGAUUUGCUCGGGCAAUAUUUUAUAGUUUAUGAGUGGGAGACAGCACAAGUGAUUCAUGGGGCUACUGUCUUCAUAGUUAGCAUCCUGAUUAUUAUGGAAUCGAGGAAGAUUCAGGACAUAUUGUCACUUGGAUUAGGAGUCUUGGCAGUCGCUUUGAGUCUGAUAUUAAGUGUAGCAGUUCCCAAUAUUAUCGCCAAAGUGUAUACG